CCUACUUAGUUUCGUACUAGAAAAUUGCUUAAAAUAAAAAGUAAAAGCACAUGUAUAGAAAUUAACUUAAACCAGAGCUUAAACUUCCGCUUGUCCUGGCAACACUGUAUGACAGUGUUGACGUCAUGGAACUGAGAGCAAAAUAUCAACAAACCGGAUUUCACUUUAAUUACAGAGUUAAUUAUUAGUAAUCGGUAAUCGGUACGUUUGUUCGGCUAAUUCUAAUUUACACCUGUUUUUACAGCCUGAAGAAAUAUAAAUUUAAUAAUAUAUUUAAAUAGCUGGUGCGUACAGUAUUAUUUAAAAUAAUAACAAAAUGGCACAUCUCUUGGAAGAUAAUGAAGAGGCAUUAAGCACUUUGCACCAAGUUACCUUAAUUGAAAGCAAAGUUUCUAGUGAUGAUUUGGACCAAGAUAACUCGAAGCAUUUCAAUAGUUCAAAAGACAAAAAUGAUAACUUCCAAUUGAAGGUUUUACCCAGAGAUUUUACUGAGAAAAUAUGUCGAACUUGUUUUAACGAAAUAACUGCUGACGCGCGUAUACCACUCAACAUGCCAGAUGAUCCAGGUUAUUUGGAAAACCUCAUACAUUUGUGCCUUCCUAAAGUAGAUUUGCUUCUCACUAAAGAUCCCAUGAUUUGUCGUCAGUGCUACAGAAAUUUAGAAGAGUUCUACAGCUUCUCAAUUAAUUGUAUGAAAACGGAAGUAGAGUUACAGGCUUAUUGCAGUAUGAAUCAGUCCAAUAAUCCUAUAGAUAUUUCUGAUUUUUUGCGACACGCCAUGAAAUAUGGCUCAGACUUCAUUGCUGUUAAAGAAGAAAGUCAAAACUUGAUUGCCGAUGUUUUACGUGAUAAUAGUGAUAAUUUUGACUCAGAUUCUAAUGAUUUCGAUGUGAAAACAGAGAACGAAUAUAAUGCAGACAUUUCCGUAAUUGAAUCUAAGAGUAAAUAUGGACAAGUAAGGUCACGGGGAACAAAAACAAGGAAUUUAAGGGGUUCAACGAAAAACAGAAAAUUCAGUUCUAAGGAUUUAUUAGAAACUCAAGUGAAGUGUGAGACCUGUGGACAUAAGUUCACAACCAAAUGGGCUUUGGACAGACACGUCCCUGUACAUAAUAUUCAAAAUUCACAUUACUCUUGUGAAUUUUGCAACCUUAAGUUCAAAUAUAAAAAUAGUUAUGAGAAACAUUUAAAUGCCCACGUAACUGGGGCUCCAAUGUCGAAACCGUUUGCUUGCGAAUGUGGAAAGUUUUUCAAUAGAAAGUCGAAAUUGAAAAAACAUCAAGAAAUUCAUUCCAAGAAGGAGAAGCCUUUCGCAUGUACCAGCUGUGGGAAACGAUUUCUUGAUCAAAAGUUACUGGAUGGUCAUGUGGAACGGGUGCACAUCAACGAAAAGGCAUUCAGUUGUGAGUUGUGUGGAAACAAGUAUACCAACAAACCAGGUCUAGAUGUGCACAUCAAAUCCCAUUUUCCUAAUGAAAAUCCUAGACCAGAACCAGAUCUAAUGUGUGAUAUAUGUGGGAAACUAUUUUAUAGAAAAUAUAGUCUGGAAAAACAUCACAUGAGCCACACUGGUGAUAAACCUCAUGAGUGUGAUCAGUGUGAUAUGAAAUUUAAAGAAAGAUAUCAAUUGACUAUUCACAUGCGGAAACACACAGGGGAAAAGCCGUUUAACUGUGAAGUAUGCGACUUUAAGUUUUCCUGUAAAAACCGAUUAGGUGUUCACAUGAGGAAACAUACUGGCGUCCGACCAUUUCCUUGUCAACUUUGUGAUAUGGCGUUUACGAGGAAUGAUCAUUUGAUGAAACAUGUUCGAGCCAUUCAUACUGGCGAACGGCCUUUUGAAUGUGAUAUUUGUAACAAAACGUUUAAUAGAAAAGAUUAUCUUUUGAAGCAUAAAAAAGUGCACAACAAGUCCUCAUAGUAAAUGGAGAUUUUAUUAAGUUAAGAUUUUGGUUAGUUUGGUUUAGUUCGAACACUUUAUUUAUUAGGGUUUUACGUACUUCAGUGUAAGUUAACUUUUUGAGGAUGGGCGAUAUGGCAUUUUGUGGAAAUCUAGUUAUUCAACGUAAGAAACACUUAUAUCAUUACUAGAAUAGGCGCGAUAGUGGGGUGUUUUUCUAUGUCUCAAUCCCUUGUGGAAAAUGAAUUAGUGGCAUAAAUCUAGUUUUCUAUUUUAUCUCUCACGAAGGAGAAAUCGCCGGUCUUAUUUCUUUAGAGAGCUAGUAAAUGCGCAUAUAAUAAAAAUAUUGACUGGCUGGUAUACAUACAUUUUUGAAUUUUUAUAUAAAUUUUAAAUGCUGGUUACAUAAAAUAUAAGCGAAACCUUCAUCACUUUUAGUUAUCAGCUAAAAUGUUGCAGCACAGAUGAAAGCGUUUUUUCUCAUGGAAUAUGUAUUAUUUGAUUUUAUUUUUGAAGUUUUAUGAAAAUUUUAUAUACUGUUUACAUAAAAUAUGAGCGAAAACUUGAUAGUGUUUUAGUUAUUCGGCUUUAACAAUUAAAAUUAGCAAUUUCAUCGUGCUGAUAAAUCGACAAUUUCUCCGAUCAAGAGAAACGAUUCUUACUAAUUAAGUGACUUGCCUGUGCAAUAACCCCUCUCAAAUCUACUCUAGUAAUCUGCGCCACUUCUAUGGCUAUCGUUUCUUCAUAGACGCAAAAAUCUAUUAUAUAUUGUGCCAGAAAAUGAGAACCCAAAACGCGAAAGUGUUGAAAGUCAUCAAAUUCAAUCUAGUCCUUUAUUCGGAACAAAGACAUUGUUAGAUAAAUGGUCGUGCUCUUGCUAUAGAUGAUUAACCAAAAUUUAUUUUUGUUUUUAAAAUGAACUGAAAAUUAUGAGAUUUAAAAAAAUAUUUCAAUGAGAAUCCGAGCUAAUGAAAAUUAUCUAGAAAUGUUGCUUGAGUUCUGUUGUAGGAUUGCAAAUCUAACACUGACUCUCAUCACUUCCGUUCUUAUUUAUUAGCGUAAUACUUUGAAUAGUAAUUGUUUUAUUAUCUUUAUUAUUUGUUAUGUAUUGUAAUAAUUUUAAGCAUUCUACUGCACACGUUAAAUGUUAUAUAUUUAAAGGUUACAUGCAUAUAUUUUUUAUACUUGUUUCUAAAUAAAUAUUUUAAUUUCGAAUA